AUCCUUUUUAACCGGGGACAACAUGGCUACUGCAGCGAGCCGUUACUACAGCGAAGACGGCAGGGCAACGAAAAGACAGAAAACCGACGGAAUGGCCACGGGUUAUGAGGAUCCACACAAGACCCUCCCAUCCGUGGUGGUGCACGUCCGGGGAUUAGUGGACGGUGUUACAGAGGCCGACCUCGUGGAGGCAUUGCAAGAAUUUGGCGCUAUCAGCUAUGUGGUGGUGAUGCCGAAGAAGCGUCAGGCACUGGUGGAGUAUGAAGACAUGAAUGGAUCAUCCACAGCGGUAACCUACGCGGCAGACAACCAAGUUUACAUCGCUGGUCACCCAGCCUUCAUCAACUAUUCCACUAGCCAGAAGAUCUCCAGGCCAGGAGACUCUGACGACUCGAGAAGUGUGAACAACGUCCUCCUCCUCACAAUAAUGAAUCCAAUCUACCCCAUCACUACGGAUGUUCUCUACACUAUCUGCAACAACUGUGGCCCUGUGCAGAGAAUCGUCAUCUUCAGGAAGAACGGUGUACAGGCGAUGGUUGAAUUUGACUCUGUGCAAAGCGCUCAGCGUGCCAAGGCAUCACUCAACGGAGCAGACAUCUACUCUGGCUGCUGCACGCUGAAGAUCGAGUAUGCCAAGCCCACUCGCCUGAAUGUGUUCAAGAAUGACCAAGACACCUGGGACUACACAAACCCCAACCUGGGAGGACCAGAUGGUGAUGCAGAUGGCAAUGGGAGCAAUGCAGAAGAUGUCAAUGCCAACCCCAACAAGCGCCAGAGACAGCCUGCUCUGCUGGGCGAUCACCCUCCAGAGUACGGUGGCGGUUACCACGGCUAUGACGAGAGCUACGGAUCCCCACCCUACGAGGGUCGCCGCAUGGGUCCGCCUAUGAGAGGGCGCGGAGGACGAAGCUACGGGCCGGGCUACGGACCCCCUCCACCUCCUCCUGGCGAGUACGGUGCCCACGCCGACUCUCCGGUGGUCAUGGUGUACGGACUGGACCCGGUCAAGAUGAACGCCGACCGUGUCUUCAAUAUCUUCUGUCUCUAUGGCAACGUAGAGAGGGUAAAGUUCAUGAAGAGUAAACCUGGAGCCGCCAUGGUUGAAAUGGGAGACUGCUACGCCGUGGACCGCGCCAUCACUCACCUCAAUAACAACUUCCUCUUCGGGCAGAAACUCAACGUGUGCGUGUCCAAGCAGCAAGCCAUCGUUCCCGGUCAGUGCUAUGAGCUGGACGACGGCUCAAGCAGUUUCAAGGACUUUCACGGCUCCAGGAACAACCGGUUCACCUCACCGGAACAGGCGGCCAAAAACCGCAUCCAGCACCCGAGCCAUGUGUUGCAUUUCUUCAAUGCACAGCCAGAUGUCACACCAGAGGUUUUCUCUCAAAUUUGUGAUGAGAUUGGUGUCAAGUGUCCCGUAAACGUCAAAAUGUUCACAGGAAAGAGCGGUGCAGCUCCCAGCGACCGAAGUGCUUCAGGCCUUCUAGAGUGGGAGUCUAUUAACGAUGCCAUGGAGGCACUGGCCAUGAUGAACCACUACCAGAUGAAGAAUGCAGCUGGUCCGUACCCGUACACCCUCAAACUGUGCUUCUCCACCGUUCAGCACGCUAACUGAGCACACCGUUUGUCCUGGAAAAAUUGGUCCACUAUUCUCAUAUUCAUAUGUCCUUAAGACCAUGACUGCUUGCGACACAGCUGGGGAACAUUUAUUUUCCAAAAAACCCACCUCAAUUACUGUGACAUUUAAUCUUUCACAAUGCAAUUGAUCCCCAAAGUUUAAAAAAUUGUAAUAUUUGGUAUAUUAAGCAGACUAAUCAAAAGUCUAACAAGCGUUUAAAAAUGUUUUUGAUAUUUAUGCCCCAGAUGUGGUUUAUAGAGUAUCAGUACCCGUGUGUCUUCAAUGUUCAGUUGUCCUUUUUACUUUUUGUAUUAUGCUUAUACAGUAGCCUGAUGUGAGAGAGUGUAUUUGAAAGAAUUGAUUUUAUGCUCAGGUGGGUCAGUGGCAGUGGACAACAUGGUUUUUGUAUAAGAUGUUGUCUUUUGAACUUUUAUUAUAGCGCAAUUUUUUUUUCUUAGUUAUUUUAAUUGCUGCCUAUUGAGUUCAGAGUCUCAGUGUCUGAUAUGCAGAUGGAGAAUGUUUUGUUGUAAGAAAAUAAUAAUAAAAAAAACAAAAAAAUUAAAGUUGACUUCAUUGUGACAUUCUUCUGAAUUGACUGAAUUGACUUGUCAACACAAAGGUCAUUUGAUGGAUGACUUA